AUGCCAACAACCCUGGGCCAUUCUGUUGAUAUGGAGGAUGAGUCUGUCAUGAACGAUUCCUAUCACCUAGAUGAUGAGUCGCAGGAUACCUCCCCCAUCGACACCAAGCUCACUCCCCAAUCUGGCUUACCUAUGCAAAAGAGGAGGCGAGUAGGCCGUGCUUGCGAUGAAUGCCGUAGAAAAAAGAUCAAGUGCGACGGGAAACAGCCAUGUACGCACUGUACCGUUUACAGCUAUGAAUGCACGUACGAUCAACCCUCUAACCGCCGUCGCAACCCUGCCCCGCAGUAUGUCGAAGCCCUCGAAGCCCGUCUGCUCAAGGCAGAGACACUAUUACACAAUCUGCAUCCAGAUAUAAAUUUGAGUGAUCCUCAACUGGAUAUACACGCCACGGAGCAGCACAUCGCUGCUCAGAAGGAAACACAGGUACCGAUUCAAGCACCAGGAUCAACUCCAACACCCGCACCGACAUCAUCAUCAUCAUCAGCAUCAGCAAUUGGAGAAGCCAACCCAUCCAAGCCGGCGACUGGAUCCACCGAUGCGGCUCCUGAAGGUGGGGAAGAGCCAUUAUUGGAGACUAUGGUGGACAACUCGGGCUGUCUAGAUCGUGAUGAUCAGGGACAUUGGGACUACCAUGGUCAUACUUCGGGUAUCAUAUUUGUUCGUCGCCUGCGCAAACAGCUGGGCGCCGCCGAUGUACCGAUAAACCGACCCGUAAAGGCGAUGAAUCAGAUGCUUGAAAGCCCCAAAUCUGUAUCAGACUCGCCUCAGGAUGGAUCUCUGCCGCACACGCUCGACUUACCCCCACGGGCCAUCGCUCGCCGAUUAUGUCAAAGUGCACUCGAUCAUGCUUGUAGCUUGAUGCGCUUCGUACAUGAACCCACAUUCUUUGCUAGCCUAGAUCGUAUCUACGACACGGCUCCAGAACUCUAUGGGAAUGAAGAGAACUCUUUUCUACCGUUAUUGUAUAUCGUCAUGGCCGUCGGAUGUCUGUUUUCGGAUGAUGGAGCUGGGACUCUGGAUCAUGCUGGUUAUGAGGGUGCAAUCGGUCAAGGAUUUCAAUUUUUCAAGGCUGGUCGCCAACUUCUGGAAAUUACUGACUGUCGGGAUCUCAUUUCCCUGCAAGCAAUUUGCUUCAUGAUUCUAUUCCUCCAAUCUUCUGCCAAACUGAGUACCUGCUACUCCUAUGUUGGUAUUGCGCUCCGCUCAGCCCUGAGAUUGGGUCUUCACCGCACUGUGACGGCAGAUUUCAAUCCAGUCGAGCGAGAAAUGCGCAAACGUCUCUUCUGGGUCGUUCGUAAGAUGGAUGUCUAUGUCAGUACGCUCUUGGGUCUUCCCCAGAUGCUGAAUGAUGACGACAUAGAUCAAGAGUAUCCCAUGGAAGUCGAUGGAGAAUUCAUUAAAGCAGAUGGUAUCGUUCAGAUGCCUUCCGAUUAUACCCCGCUGAUGGCUGGCUGCAAUGCGCAUACCCGCCUUUCAAACAUCAUAUUGAAGGUCGUAAAAUAUAUAUACCCGGUGAAGAAUGCGCGUUAUCGCUCUAAAAACCACCAGCGAUAUAUGGUUAGCCAUUCGAAAAUCCGCGAAAUCGAGCGGGACCUGCAAGGUUGGAUGGAAGAAUUACCUGCUGCCCUACGCCCCGGCACUGAAGUGUCCCCUCAGUUGGAACGAAUCCGCCAGUUGUUGCGUAUAGGCUAUGCACACGUACAGAUGGUUAUGUACCGUCCAUUCUUGCACUACGUAUCUAGCGGGUCCCAGGCGCGUGGUAUGGAUAAGCGGUCAUAUGCUUGUGCUGCGGCUUGUGUCAGCGUUUCCCGGAAUAUCGUUCACAUCACGACCGGAAUGCACAAGAGGGGCCUUCUGAAUGGGUCCUUUUGGUUUACCAUGUAUACUACCUACUUUGCCAUCCUAUCACUGAUCUUUUUCGUUGUCGAGAACCCCGAUUCUCCCACUGCCAAGGAUGGAGUCCUUAAGGAUGCCAUGGAGGGUAAAAGCACCUUGGCCGGAUUAGCCAAGAAAAGUAUGGCGGCUGAUCGUUGUUCCCAGAGCUUGAAUUGCCUGUUUAAAACAUUACCGGAGAUGCUGAAGAGCCGCCUAGUUUCAAAGACACCAGUUAUUUCAAAGGCUCCAGUUGGUUUGAAGCGACCAGCGCCAACAUCCGAACUCGAUUCCUCCAACUUGGAACCAAAACCAAAACGUUCUACCACUUUCCCCCUUCAUAUUAUGCACCAGCGCAACACUUCAGAUCCUUUGAACCUUUCACAACCUUCCAACCCUCCAAACCGCCGACAAACUAGUCUUGAUUAUAACCAGCCUCCACAAAACAGACCCGAGAACGGAAACCAGCAACCAUGGAUAGCCUCGGCCCCCGAGUUAUUGACGGAGACCAUGGCUACCCCGGAGCCCUCGGUCUCAAAUCCACCGAACCUCUCUCUCCCCAACCAAGAGCCGUCGAGCCUGGCAUGGUCACAGCAAUUCAACAACCCGAGCAAUCUUCCCGAUCUCAUGCCAAUCAUGUUCCCUUCGGACGAUCCCUUUGCUUAUCCCACGCAGCCGAUGUCAACACUUGAAGCCGAUCACUUCAGACACGAACCCAAUGGCAUACGUUCAUCACAGUUCCAAUAUGACGCGAAGUCACAAGCAAUAGGACCGACCACACCUACCGACCCCACCGGGACAAGUGCCUCGACACCUGGCUUCGAAUUCCCCAACAUGUCCAACUAUGCAGCUACUGGUGUCAAAUCAUCAAUACCGAGCCGCCUUCAGUCCAAUACACAACCAAUGCACUCUCCAAGAAUGAACUCGCCGAAUUCCCAAGCCCAGACUCCAAGUGAAGCGCUCAGUAGUCCCGACCUAGUUUCCAUUCCCAACCAAAAUUUCGUCUGGCAAGGAUAUAACUACCAGCCCACGAAUCUAGUUACGGAUGAAACAAUUCAGCAGGAACAAGCCAACAUCCCCAAUAGCUUACCGGAUUUCAGCAUGGCACUAGAUGAGAAUAAUAUGGGUAUGGACAUGGACCUUGGCAUCUCGUUCGAUGACCUUUUUGGGAACAAUACUGCAGGUCGACCUGUGAACGGGGCACCCAACGAUGAGUGGUCUCAGUGGUUGAACACUGCUGUCUAG